AUGCCCCGUCUCCUCUGUUUGUGUUGGCUGCGGCUCGGGCUCCUGCUGGUUCUGUUCUCCUUUGAGCUGGGCAGCGCCGCCCGUGCCAAGAAGCUAUGCGGCAGGCACCUGCUGAAGGAAAUAGUAAAACUCUGUGGCCUGGAAGACUGGAGCCUGUUUGAGGAGGAACCCCAUUACCAGCAUCCGGUGCCCCGUGCUGUGGACGCGUUGGGAGCCUUCCUCCCCGCCGGGCUCCCAAUCCCCCGAGCGCCGUCCCGUGUCAGGGGCACAGGCAAACACCCAGUCUCUACUGCUGCCUCUAUGGAAGAAGCAAUAAACAGUUUGAAGAUGCGCUCACUGCCUGAACAUCAGCAUCAAAAGGACAACUCCCCACCUGAUAAGACAAGAGAAUUUUCCUCACCGCAUACCAAUCCAGAUAUUCAUAAGAUUGUGGAAUUUCAGGAGAGACGUACAAAGAAAAUCAAAACCUCAAGCAAUUUGUUUUGGGGGAAUCAUCCCCAAAGAAAACGCAGAGGCUAUUCAGAAAAGUGUUGUCUUAAAGGAUGUACAAAAGACGAACUUAGCAUUGCAUGCCUUCCAUAUAUUGAUUAUAAAAAGUGAGAAAUUGACCAUCCAUUGUAACUGAGUUAUACUAACCAUUAUAGGAAUUAUACUAACUUAAUAAAAGCUUAAUAUAUUUAUUUUACCUUUUAAUUUUUUUGGUAAUUGUGCUUGUAGGUUCUAUGCUGUGAACAGUAUCUAAAUGUAUUACAAGCACUUGACAAUACUUUAUGGUGAUAACAGGAAUCUCAGUAUUUUCUUUGGUGACCUUUAUUUUUUUGCUUAUUUUUAAUAUAUUUUUAUAUUUGAAGAUGUUACUGGAGGUGGCAUGAUCCAUGUAGACCUCUAAAAAUUAUCUGUCCUUGCUUGCCAUUAUGGUAGAAACUCUCAUGCUGUAUUUAAGUGGAGUUAGGAAUGUUCUGCAUUCCAUCUCUAGAACAUAUAGACUGAUGCCCAUGGCUAUUAAGCUCACUCCAGUAUACCAAUACAUCUGCCCAACCAACUUAAAAAUAACUAACCAACUACCACUCCUAAAAGGAGCUCUUGUACUGUAAUACGAGGUACACUUGUACUUCCUUGAGGUUUUUUUUAAUAGUGACUGGUCAGAUUCUCUUCACAAUUUCCAUUGAAGACUUAGAGUUUUCAGCGAAUGUCUUUAGGUAUAGUUGUAAAAUGUCUCCAAGACACCCUGCCUUUGCCUUGAAGGCACUGACAUGGGUUAACACAUAAUUCUCAAUAUCACUGAGAAGUCUGUAGCAGUAGUUCUCAAAGUAUGGUUCCAGCAGAACCAGCAGCAUCAGAUCACCUGAGAACUUGUUAGAAAUAUAAUUCUAAGAUCCUGCCCAACAACUACUGAAUCAGAAACUCCAGGUAUGGGGUCCAGCAAUCUGUGUUUUCAUAGGCGCUUCAGGUCAUUCUGCUGUACACUGAAGUUCAAGAACCCCUGGUAAUAGAGUCACUACCUGAAUAUUGCUGAAGUCCUACAAUUUAUGUGCUUGAACAUCUCACUCAACAUAGAUGAUAUAAAAUCAAGUUUUUUGUGUUUUUUUUCCACUUUAUAAUUUUAAUGCUAUAAAUUUUAACAAAAAAUUCAAAGAGUAUCAGUUAUUUCUACUUUACACCCAUUAGUUAGUGGGUAAACAUCAUUUGAAAUCUUUUUCUCUAGUACCUUUCUCAAAUGUGUACUGUAAUGUUCUUUUGAAUUAAAUUUUGUAUUUCUACUUGGCUCUGUUAUUUCUUAGAACAAAGCUCUUUUACUACGUAUAUCCGUAUUAUAUACACUUCCAGUGCAAAAAUGUGUUUUGAAAUUUUGUUUAUUCUAGGGUACAGUUUAUUUUCAGUUAUCUUUGUAAAUUAAGGAGUCCCCUGUUUAGAUAGAAAAUGGCAGAUUAUAUCCUGGUUGAGUAGUAAAGUAGGUCUGCAUUAAGUGAAAAUGCAUCAGUGAAAAUAGCCUAUGCUUAGGCCAAAAUACAGUCGUGACCUUGGACCACUUUCAAAAAUUACAGGUCUAUAUUUGUAGUUUAAUAAUAAAAUUACAGUUUAUUAGCUUACUAAUAUAUGCACUUCAAAAUUUUAAAUUAGAAAAUCAUGAGAUUAACCAAGGCUAUAAUUAUUUACAGAGCUAUAUACUUUCCUGGGU